GGCUUACUUAGGAUUCUUUUUGUCUGUUUGAAAACAAAGAUUUGAAGGUUUUUAAACAGUUUAUUGAAUUAUUGAAUAAUUCCGUGAUACCAAACAGAGUUUGCUUCAUUUAAUAUCGUCAGCCGCGAGGUAUUCAAAGGAAGAAAUUUGAGACGAUAAAAUGCGGUUGAAGAUUCGUUUGAUUAAUAUUUGCAUUCGGCAUAAAUGCACAAAAGUGCAGGACGAUAUACGAAUUUCCAAGAAGAGUCAAUGGAAAAAAGUGCGUCUAAAAACUGUACGACAUGUGGAAUUCCACCAGGAAAAUCCAACCUCUAAAAUUGCCGCACAACCUGCAUUGAACUGUAUUUAUAAUACACCUGCAAUACCCGAAAAUUUCGAGGCGGGUUUUUGCAAAUUAUUUGAAGAGGCAUCAAACAAAUCAAAUAUCAAUGUGCAGGUUUUAAAAGAAUUGGAUAAGAAAGUGGAUAAGAGAGUAAGUUUAAAAUUGAAAACUCAUGAUGUAAACAUGCAAAUGACUGAAUCGUCACAUCAACGAUCAAUCCAAAAUGAUGCCCAGGAAUUUAAAAAAUCAGAAAAUAGCACAUAUGUUGAUACAGAUACUGAUUUAAGAAAGGAUACUGUCAGAGUUAAUGAAAUUAAUAUGCAAAUGCUGCCCAAAUUGUUGCAUGAACAAUUAUUCAAAAAGGAUAAUAAACAAGAAUGUCUCUCUGAAGAGGAAAUUAAUAGCAUUAAAGAAAAUUUAAACACAUAUGGUAUAAAUGUAGAGGGUGCAACCAGGUUGCCGGAUAUAAAUUUAAAGCUACCAAUUUUGGAAGGAAAAGAUAUAGAAGAACAUUUUUACAACAUUGGAAGAGCGCAGGUUAAGCCAUAUCUAAAAAUCAUGAAUGAAAUUAUAAAGGACAUUCCUAAGAUGCCAAAAAAAUGGCUCUUCAAAGAAGGCUGGACCAGAUAUACAGUAGAUGGUAGAGCAGAAAGUGUAGAUUAUCCAUUGGAGGAUGGAGUAGUCUUUGACGUUGAAGUUUGCAUGAAACAGGGUCCUUUGCCUACUCUUGCCACAGCAGUCAGUAAUAAAGCUUGGUAUAGCUGGGUAUCAAAUUCUUUGGCACAAGAUAUCAGUCAGAUGUUUGACACGCAAUUGUUCACGCCAAAUAUGCUUAUUCCUAUGGAAAGUAGUAGAGAAGAACAUGGACACAAAUUGAAUCAACAUCAGAAGAAACCAAAGAUUAUUGUAGGUCACAAUGUGUCAUAUGACAGAUGCAGAAUUAAAGAGCAAUAUUGGAUGAAUUGUACAGGAAGUCGUUUUCUUGAUACUAUGUCAUUACAUAUAUGUGUCAGCGGUCUCAAUAGCUAUCAAAGAUCGUUAUUAUUAUCUAAAAAAAUGGAUUUAGAAAAGGAUAGCUGGCAAUCCAACACAUCGCUAAACAGCUUGAUAGAAGUGCACAAGCUGUAUUGUGGCUAUGAGAUAAGUAAGGAGUCGAGAGACAUAUUUGUCAAAGGUACUAUCAAAGAUGUUAAAACUAAUUUUGAUAUGUUGAUGACUUAUUGCGCCUCUGACGUGGUUGCCACUCACAAUGUUCUACGUAAUUUAUUUCCGCUUUUUCAAGAAAGAUUUCCUCAUCCAGUUACUCUAGCUGGAAUGUUAGAACUCGGUUCUGCAUACUUACCAGUGAAUUCUAAUUGGCAGAGAUACCUAGAGGAAUCAGAAUCUACUUUUGACGAUCUAAAUUACGAAGCAAAGUUUACUCUCGCUAAGAGAGCGGACGCCAUUUGCCAGCUCAUGCAUGACGAAAGAUAUAAACAAGAUUUAUGGAUGUGGGAUCAAGAUUGGAGUACGCAAAAAAUUAAGCUAAAGAAUAAAGUGUCUCCAAGAAAAGUAGAACUUGUAGAGACAAAAGAAAAUAUGAAAGAACAGUCAGACAAUAAGAGAUAUUUAUCAGAUGACGAAGACGAAGAGGAGGAUCUUUUGGCAAAGGAAUUUGCUUAUUUAGAGGAGACUAGGCAUCUGUUACCUGCCAAAAUGCCCCAUAUGCCAGGAUAUCCAGCCUGGUAUAGAAAACUCUGUUCUAAACCAAACGACAAAGAUUGGAUGCCAGGUCCACAAAAAAUAAGCACCUCUAUGCAAGUAGUUCCAAAACUGUUAAAUCUGACAUGGGAAAAAUAUCCAUUACAUUACAUAAAAGAACAUGGUUGGGGAAUUUUGGUGCCUUAUAAUGAUGAUCCCGAUGUUGAGACUACACUACCAUUAAAAAGUCUUUUAGCGCACUGCCCUUUGCCAACAUCCAACAGAUUUAGGGACACAUCCGAAGAUGCAAUGUCCACUUUGAAGACAGACGUACAAAACGAUCUUCACAAAACGGAAUUCUGGCGAUUUAAGAAAAAAAAGCAGAACGGGCCGGAUGAUAAGGUAUAUAAGGGUACUGGCAUGUGGUGCAACGUCGACAUCGAUAACUGUUGCUAUUUCUUCAAGCUCCACAAAGAUGGUGUUGGUCACAACGUCGGAAAUCCGCUCGCCAAGGAUUUUCUCAAUAAAUUUUCCGAGAAUGUACUCGCUGGUUUGGACAUCAGUGCUGCGGAAGUACUGAAAAUCGCUCGUAUGUUGUCUUAUUGGCGAAACAAUUGCGAUAGAAUCAUGUCGCAAUUGGUGAUAUGGUUAGAUGACCAUUCUCUGCCUAGUAACGUCAAGAGGAUCAAGAAACAUACACGUUACGGCGCGAUAAUACCUCAAGUAGUUGUUUCCGGUACUUUAACGCGACGUGCCGUGGAACCCACGUGGAUGACAGCAUCAAAUGCACAUAUCGAACGAAUCGGUUCUGAGUUGAGAUGCAUGGUUCAAGCGCCACCAGGAUAUAAUAUUGUUGGCGCUGAUGUAGACAGCCAAGAAUUAUGGAUUGCCUCAAUCAUUGGAGACGCGCACUAUAAAAGUAUUCACGGGGCAACGCCUUUCGGCUGGAUGACUCUGAUUGGUACUAAAUCCAAUGGCACAGAUAUGCACAGUGUCACUGCCGAGGCUAUCGGCAUCUCACGCGACCACGCCAAAGUCAUCAACUACGCACGGAUCUACGGCGCCGGUCAGAAAUUCGCCGAGCGAUUGCUGAAACAAUUCAAUCCAUCCAUGACCGAUGCCGAAGCCGCUUCUAAAUCGCGCAAGAUGUUCGCCUUGACCAAGGGUAAAAAGGUGUUUCGAUUAAAGACUGAAUUUGUUAAUGAUGAUCUGGAAGAUAAGCCUUACACAUUUUAUCAGGCAUAUAAGAUAUCACAGUUGCACGGAAAAACGUUGCAAGAUAUGUUCCAAAAGUCCGAAUGGAUAGACGGCUCGGAAUCGGCCAUGUUCAAUCGGUUGGAACAGAUUGCUGGCAGUAAACAUCCAGUCACACCGUUUCUCAACGCCAGAUUGAGUCGCGCCCUGGAGAUCACCAAUACCGACGACGACGAUAAGUUCUUGCCCACCAAAAUUAAUUGGGUUGUGCAGAGCGGCGCGGUGGACUUUCUUCAUCUGAUGUUAGUCUGCAUGAGAUGGUUGAUGAGAGAUAACGCGAGAUUUUGCUUGUCGUUUCAUGAUGAAGUGAGAUAUCUAGUCCCAUCUAGGUACAAGUACAACGCCGCGCUAGCAAUGCACGUUACCAACUUGUUGACGAGAUCAUUCUGCGCCUCUCGACUUGGCAUGAAAGAUCUGCCAAUGUCGGUGGCGUUUUUUACUGCCGUGGAAGUCGAUACUGUUCUUCGCAAAGAGUCCGCUCACGAUUGCAAGACUCCGUCGAAUCCUCAUGGUUUGGAGAAUGGAUAUGAAGUAUCGCCCGGCGAGAAUUUAGACGUGUGGGCCGCCUUGGAAAAAUCUGGUGGCUCUUUAGGCUGGUGGCAUGAUGUGAAAAAUCGUAAACUUAAACCAACAGAGGAUUCAACCAUCGAAAAAUUGCCAAAAUCUCAUAAAGCUAUUUAA